AUGGAGGCUGUUGUUGACACUACAUCCGAAACGGCCAAGCCGCCGCAAAGACUUCUCGCAACCGUCGUCGACUCUCUUGCCCUUGAAUGCCCUACGCGGCGAUUUUGCUUGAUCCCCAAUGGUAAAGAUGUCCACCAAGGCUUCCGCGAAGUGACUUUCAGGGACCUAUGUUGCGCCGUGAAUAGGAUGUCCUGGUGGAUGGAGAAGCAUCUUGCCAGCUCGGUCAAGGGAGCAACAAUCGCCUAUCUGGGGAGCAACGAUAUCCGCUACAUUAUCCUGAUGCUUGCUUCACACAAAACAGGCUGCACGAUCUUCUUUCCGUCGACUCGGCUGUCAAAUGAGGCAUACGAUUCGGUGUUCGGCGCGACACAAACCAAAAUGCUAUUAUUCAGCCCGGAGAAGCAUCCCCUCGUCUCAGGUUUAACGGGGCCAAGCAAGGCGAUCAGCUCCCUGGAAGUACCAAGCGUUCCUGAAAUGCUGAAUGACAAUCCGGAUGUGAAGAAUUACCCUUUCACUUCGACGUUUGAGGAGUUUGAAGACAAAACCGCAUUCAUAAUCCACAGCUCUGGAACAACAGGUAUGCCCAAACCUGUGUCUCUUACCCACGGCUACCUCGGUACUGUCGACUACAGCGCGUUCAUGCCUCGACCCGCCGGCCGCUCGCCCUCCUUUUUCCAAGACCUGCUCUCGGCCGAUCCCCAUCCUAGAGAUCCGGUUCUGUCAGUCACACCAUACUUCCACAUAAUGGGUCUUGUGUCCUUUUUUGUAUCGAUAUUCCACAACAUCCCUUUCGUGACAAUCUCGGACCAGCCAUUGUCUGUCAGCCUGCUGGUAGAUAUCAUCCGUGCAACGCAUCCUACUGCGACCAUCCUGCCCCCAUCGAUCCUCGAAGAUAUGAGCCUGUCCCAGGAGGCUCUGGAAUGCCUCGGCACCUUAAAAUUUGUUUGCUACGGAGGCGCUCCGCUGGCGAAGCAGGUUGGAGACAAGGUAAGCCAGUACACCCAAUUAAGAAACGCAAUCGGAUCCACCGAAAUUGGCAUUAUCGGCUCCCUUGUCCCGGAGGGAAAGGAGAACUGGGGCUACUUUGAAUGGAAUCCGGCCUACGGGAUCGAUAUGCAGCCUGUCGCGGAUGAUGUGUACGAGCUAGUGAUCCCUCGCCUGGAGGAUUCUCGUCGGAUGCAUGGAAUAUUCCAUACAUUUCCGUCGUUCAAAGAGUACAGAUCUAAAGAUCUCUAUGUGCGGCAUCCGAAAAUCCCGAAGCUCUGGCAAUACCGUGGCCGCUUGGACGAUGUCAUCGUGCUCAGUAACGGAGAGAAGCUGAAUCCGGUAACGUUGGAGAAGGUUGUUGAGGGUCAUCCGUUUGUUCGUCGUGCUCUGGUCUUCGGACAGGGCCGGUUCCAGACUGGCCUGCUGAUUGAACCCGCGAUGGAUGAUCGUGCUGGGAAGAUCGAUGAACGGAAUUUUGUGGAUAUGAUCUGGCCUUUGGUGCAGACUGCCAACCAAAACGUUCCUCGAUACGGGCAGGUCUUGAAAAACAUGAUUCGCCUUGCAUCGCCCGCAAAGCCAUUUAAAUUGACGCCGAAGGGCACUACUCAGCGACAUGCCGUUAAUGCGGACUACGCAGAGGAGAUUGACGCAAUGUAUGCCACGCACGAGAAGCAGCUGGGGCCUAAGCUGCCAUCGACGAUCGACUCUGAGAGUGUACAUUGCUAUGUGCAUGAAGUCAUUACCUCCCUAACUGGGCGAUCUGAUAUAAGGCCUAGCGAUGAUCUUUUCGGCUUAGGGCUCGACUCACUGCAGGCGACUCAGCUCAGCAAUAUUUUGCGAAGUGCAGUCUUGUCUUACAACCCGGCGUUGAGUACGGAAAACAUUACUGUACAGAAUAUCUAUACUCGACCCACCACGGACAAGCUCGCUGGUCUGCUCCUGGGCGUCCUUCAAGAACAAAAGGAACAAGCAGCGAUAGCCCCGACGGAAUCGCGCUCUGAAAGAAUUGCCGGCCUAGUUUCCAAGUACACAGCUGAUCUCCCAGCUCGAUACGUCAACUCCCCAACUCAAUUGCCUCGGCUCUCGACUGUUAUACUAACGGGAUCUACCGGUUCGCUGGGCACUUAUAUCCUUUCCGGCCUAUUAAACGAUCCUCACGUUGCAAAAGUAUAUUGUUUCAAUCGCGCCGCUGAUGCAGCCACUCGCCAACGUCAGGGGUUUGCCGAAAAGGGACUGGACGCCUCGCUCCUGGAAGACCCAAGCAAGGUCGAAUUCCUACACGUGUCUUUCGGAGACAAACACUUUGGUCUGGAUGAUUCCAUGUACAGCAAACUGCUGGAUACCGUUGACCUGAUUGUCCACAAUGCGUGGAAAGUUAACUUCAAUCACCCUGUGUCGUCGUUCGAAGACCCUCAUAUCAAAGGGGUGCGCGAAUUCGUCAAUUUCAGCCUCGAGGCCCGCUACAAUACCCACCUUGCCUUUGUCUCUUCUGUGAGCACAAUCGCCGGAUGGACGCCCUCUUCUGACGAGUCAGCUGUCCCUGAAUUGCCAAUGGACACUGUGGACGCCGUGCUGAAGCAAGGAUACGGUGAAUCAAAGCAUGUAGGGGAGAGGAUUUGUUUGGAGGCGUCUCGGACAUCAGGGGUGCCGACGAGCGUCCUACGUGUGGGACAGAUCGCUGGGCCGGAUAGUCGGUUGGGGCUGUGGAAUCCACACGAGUGGCUGCCCUCCGUGGUAAAGACGUCUAAGAGCAUGGGAAAAGUACCGGAUACGCUGGGUAGUGUUCUCGUGGAUUGGAUUGCGGUGGACACUCUGGCCAAAAUCACAAUCGAGAUCCUAUUGAGCCGUCGGUCAUCACUAUCUACACAACGCCAUGCCGUUUUUCAUUUGACAAACCCAUCACAGAUCCCCUGGGCCUCUCUGAUACCUGCCAUUCAGGAAAGAUAUCCUAUGAGCGUGGUGUCCCUCGCGGAAUGGGUCGAAGAGCUAGAACACAUCCGGAAUCCUUCCCCUCAGGACCUUGCCAAGAGACCGGCUCUGAAACUUCUAUCUUUCUAUCAAGCAUUAGCUCGCAAUGCGGGCGCGCCCAAUGCUGAGAUCAGCGUGGAGAAUUCGAAGAAGGCCAGCAGAACUAUGGCAUCGCUCGGGCCUGUCUCGCUCGCUCAAAUGUCCAACUGGCUGAACCAGUGGGAUUUUUGA